AUGUUGUUGAUAUUAUCACAUUUGCAGAUAUGUUCUUCAUCUUAUAAAUUUCCUCAAUUAUGCAGAUUUUACACUAUUGCAAGUAAACAAAAAUGGUUGAAAAGACAAAAAAAUGAUCAUUUCACGAGAGAAGCCAGAGUCCAAAACUUAAGAUCUCGGGCAGCGUUCAAAUUAAAGGAAAUUGAUGAUAAAUUUAAACUUUUCAAAUCUGAUAAAAUUCAAAAUGUACUUGAUCUAGGUUUUGCACCAGGUUCAUGGUCUGAAGUAGCUAGGCAACGAUGUCAUGCAAGAUCAAUGAUCAUAGGUGUAGACAUCUUACCGUGUGAACCUCCCAAAGGUGUAAGUAGUCUACAAGCAAACAUCUUAUCAACGAAAACACAGGAUUUAAUUAGAUUGUAUUUUAAUAAACAUAGUAGGUUAGAUUAUAUUUUGAAUGAUGUUGAUAAUAUUCAUAAAGAUCAUGGAUUUCUAAAACCAAGGUUGCCCGCAGAUAUUGUGGAUCCGGAGUUUGAGCAUGAGUUGAAAGAUGAAGAAGAGUAUAGAGAAGUGUUUUCUCCAGAUGUCGAUAUCUCCUCACAUGAUAACCAACAACCUAUUGAUGUAAUUUUAAGUGAUAUGUAUGUACCGUUCCCCAGAUUGACUGGUUUCACGAAUAAUCUUACUAAUUUACCAUAUAUUAGGCUUAUGAAUACCUCGGGAGUAGCCAUUCGAGACCAUCUGUUAUCUGUUGAUCUUUGUGAUGCUGCUUUGGUAACUGCCAUUGAUUUAUUAAAAGUUAAUGGUUCCUUUGUCUGUAAACUGUAUACAGGGAAAGAAGAUAAAUUAUUCGAACAUAGACUAAAGCGUGUAUUCAAAGUGGUGCAAAGGUUUAAACCUGUAUCCUCAAGACUUGAAUCUAAGGAGAUUUAUUUUGUUGCAUUGAAAAAAAGAUCAGAUGUAGAUAAAUUUAAAGUUUUCGAUUAA